UACAUUAUGUUUGUGGUGCCGAGCCUUGGAAACCUCUCGGCGUUGCGUUCAUUGCGUGUUCUGCGUGCCCUCAAGACUGUGACUGCUGUACCAGGAUUAAAGACGAUUAUUGGUGCCCUGACGGACGCAGUGAUGCAUCUGCGAGACGUUGCUGUGCUCACUCUCUUCAUGCUCUCCAUAUUCGCUCUCAUUGGAGUGCAAUUGUAUCGAGGUACAUUGCUACGAAAGUGUGUCAUUCCAUGGCCAGGCUUCAACACCACAGUGGGUGGAGCCCUCGUCAGUCAACUUGUCAAUGAUGUGUACAACAAUAAAAGUUUUGAUCCCCUCCUCACAACUGAAAUUAAAAGCAUCUUUAAUGGAACUGUUUUGAGUAAGUAG